CCAUUUUCCAAACCAUAUAAAACUGUGAGACAAUAGCAUGUCCAUACCCAACCUCCAUCAUGGCUCGCAACCUUCUUUUGACACACUCUCUGCCGAGCACAUUUCAAGUCGCCCUAGCCGCGAUCACCCUCGCAUUUUGUGCCAUGGCAUUGCUUAUGUGUGCUUCUCAUUCGCAUAGCUGGCGCCGCCGCUGGAUUGCUUGCACCGAAUUUUUUGACGAUGAUCCGGUUAUCCAACACAUUCAGCCUGGAAACUAUGAUGCAAGUGUGGAUAGUGAUGAGCAGGAAGAGGACCCGGUCUGGCAGAAGAACAUACUCAUGGGUGGAAAGUGCCAGCUACCGGAUUUUUCGGGUGUCAUAAUCUACGACGCUGAGGGGAACAUCGUCAAGCCUGACAAGACUCCUCGUUUAACCUGGAAGUAAACAAGAACAAAGUGCCAGCGUCCAACUCUGUUUCAAGUUCAUGACCGUGCCACCGGAAUUUCUUCUCUUCAGUGCCUCCUUUUUCACAGUUUUUCUUUUCUUUCCGUUCAAAUUAGUGCCCACUUUCACAAGUUUUAAAUCAUCUUAUGAUAUCGAUUGUAUUACGUGAUAACUUGUAACACAAAUCAGAAUUUAACUCGGAAAUGAAAAAGUAGAGUCAA